UUUGCGAAAUGAAAGUACUAACGCUUCUUCUGUUGACCGCUUUGGUCGGAGUGGCUGUUGCCAGGCCCAAUGGCGGCUGGCUCGGAAGUUUUGGAGGCAAUUGGAUCAGGAAUUUCGGCUGGGGCUCCCAGGCAGAUGAGGAAGUCAGUGCCCUGAAGGGACAAUGGAACAACAAUGGACAGGGUCAGUGGAAUGGAAAUGGUCAGGGACAGGGUCAAUGGAAUGGAAAUGGUCAGGGUCAGUGGAACGGCGGACACGGAAAUGGCCAUGGAAAUGGUCACAAUCACGGAAAUGGCCACGGAAAUGGUCAUGGAAAUGGUCACGGAAAUGGCCACGGACACGGACACGGCCAUGGAGGAAACCGUCCCCCACCACCACCUCCACCAACUGACCUGCCCGAACUGACCACUGAAGACGAUAUUGUCGAUUCCACAACUGCAGCUGCAGAAGUAUCCACUUUGACUCCUGAAAUCCCGGAAGAAUCCACCACCCAGAACCCUGAGGAGCCGGAGGAUUCUACCACCGAAUCUCCAGUGGAGACUACCGAAGCCCCAGAAGAGACUACCGAAUCUCCAGAGGAGUCUACCGACGCUCCAGUGGAGACUACCGAAGCCCCAGAAGAGACUACCGCAGCUCCUGAGGAUACUACCGACGCUCCAGUAGAGACUACCGAAGCUCCUGAGGAGACUACCAACGCUCCAGAGGAGACUACCGACGCUCCAGUAGAGACUACUGAAGCUCCAGAAGAGACUACCGCAGCUCCUGAGGAUACUACCGACGCUCCUGAGGAAACUACCGACGCUCCAGUAGAGACUACCGAAGCCCCAGAAGAGACCACAACUGAAUCGGAGGAGGGAAGUGGUUCUUCGGAAGAAACUACCACCCAGGAACCUGAAGACAGCACAACGGACUCCGAUGGAAGCGGUUCGGGUGAUACCACUCAGGCCCCCGAAGAUCCCGAGGAAUCUACCACCGAUGCUGCCGGAGAGACUACUCAGGCUCCGGAGGAAUCCACCACCAAUGCUGGAGAGGAGACCACAGCCGACCCUGCAGAAAGUACUACCGAUGGCUCAGAGGUGACUACGGCCAAUGAGUAAAAUGGAAUUCCAACUCAGUUCUUGGUUAUCACAAAUAGGCUUUAAAUUAUAGGCCAAUUAAAACAAAGUAUCUAGCAAAUAUUACAAAAAUAUAACUAAUUUAUUGCUGGCCACGCGACUCUAUGGCCAAAAUCGAGAUUAUAGGCUCCUCAUGGUAACAUUCAGUUAUUUUUGUCCCGCAUCCGUCAUAUAGCUUUAUAGUUCCUGUAAUCUAAACUACUAUAAAAAGAAACUAAAAAACAA